AUGUCAAGAUCCGGCGUCGUUGGGAAGAAUGGAAACCCAGCUAUCCUCGGUCCUGUCAAGUCGAAUAUGGAGGAUCCAUGGAUACCUGACACACGCGCGCUCCGCAUUGGACCUAAUGAGCUUCAUAUAUCCGAUUCUACUCUCUACCACACGCUGUAUUCCCAGGAUCAUGCCUUUGCAAAGCAUCCCUACUUCUAUGAAGCCUUCAUGACGCCACACUCCGUUUUCGUGGAGACUGAUCGCAGUCUACAUCGCCAAAGACGCAAGAUGCUCAACAACUUCUUCUCCAAAUCUUCCAUCCGCGGAAUGCAACACCUCUUGUAUGAAAAGGUGAACAAUCUCUGCACCAUAGUCUCAGGAAUGGAUAAGAACCACUCUUUAAAUAUAUACAAUGCUGUCAGAUGCAUGACGAUAGAUAUAAUCUCAGACUUAGGCUUUGGUCGUUCUUUUGGACUAACGGACAAUGCCAAAGGAAGUCAAUUUGAAGCAGAAUUUCUGAAAGUCUUUGACAUCGCUGCCGAUUCUAUCUGGGAUCUAAUUUACUUUCCACUAAUUCGGACAGUGCUGAACAAGAUGCCACCAGCCUUCAUCAAUCUGCUAGGAGGCCCAGCUGCACACAUGAUACGUCUUUCGGAGGCCAUCCAGGAUGUUGUGGCUAGGUUCAGAGCAACGCAGGCUGCGGGGAAGUCGCCCGAACAUGAGACCAUCUUCGAUGGGCUUUCUGAAUUGGACGACAGAGAAAUGCUAGCAGAAGCAACAGACAUUAUAAUUGCAGGCUCUGAUACCACUGCAACUACGCUUGCUGUGGCAGUUCACCAACUCACCUGCAACCCAGAUAAAUACGACACCCUUAAAACCGAAAUCCAACGGGCAAACCUGAAGUCGGCCAGGGAUUAUGAUUUAAAAGAUCUUGAGAAACUUUCAUAUUUGUCUGCAUGUGUAAAGGAAGCACUUCGUUUCGCAUCAGCUGUGCCUGGCCGUUUGCCUCGUAUUGUCCCUCCGCCACAAUCCAAAACUGUCCCUCUGAUAGUCGAUCAGAAAGUUAUUCCCCCAGGAACGGUUGUCGGAAUGUCCGCAUAUACGGUACAUACUGACAAAGAAAUCUGGGGCGACGACGCCCGGGAGUUCAAACCCGAACGUUGGCUCGAGCCCGAGGGGAAACAACUGGAGAAGUAUCUUGUCACUUUUUCCAAAGGUGCAAGGCAGUGUUUGGGGAUCAACUUAGCUUACGCUGAAAUCACUCUGGCCUUGGCUAUGUUCAUGUCUCGGUUCAAUUUUGAGAAAGACACCACUUUGAGUAAGGAAGAUCUGGAGUUGCGUGAUUCCUUCACAUUCGGAUUUGUUGGUUCAGGUCCAUGUGUCAAAGUUUCCUCCGGCUGA